AAUUUUGAACACAGCGGCUCCGAUCUUUCAAAACAAGCAGGUCACGUCCUUUUCCAUGGCCGGAGGGUUUCGCCGUGUCUCCACCGCCAUCGCCGCUUUCCCUCCUCCGCCUCCGUUCGCCGCCCCCCCCCCUCCACCGCAAAACACCAACUUGCCGCCUCCAUCGGCCGCCGGACGCCCUCCUCCGCCGCCCAUCGCCAACCUCACCUCUUUCCACUUGCUUCCUGUUGCCGCCGUGGCGGCCUCCUCCGCUUCCAUCAUCGCCACCGUGCGUUCCUCCACUUUCCGAGCAUCUUGGCCGGCCUUCUCCACCUCCAGCAGCCAUUGGAGACCGGCUGAACAGGUGGAUUGGACAAGUUUACAAGUAUGCCCUUCCCUGAUUAACUGCCAGGAUGAACGGUUAGUAUUAAAUAAAAAAAAGGGCCAAAAUGAAGUGCUAGGGUUUCAGCCACCGGCUCCACUGGAAAGGGGGAGUGGUGCUUUCGAAUUGCUUAAUUCGUCUCAGCUUGGGAGAGAGUAGGAUCUGUCAGGGAGACAGGAAGAGGAAAAAGAUCCGAAUUUUGAAACGACAGAGCUUGUUGCAGCAAGCCCUAGCUCUUGGAAGAGCAAGCGUUGCAUCAGAUGGUGAAAGACUGGAUCUUUAUUUACGAAUUCGAGUUCUUAGCUCGUGAGAUGCUUGGGUUUUGAAGAAAAACCUCUGCAAUGGAGUCAAGCCUGGAGCAGACCCUUCAGGAUGGGAAGCUCCUUCGCCAUGUCAAUGCAUUGAUAGUCGCCCAUCUUCGUGACAACAAUCUCAAUCUGGCGGCGACUGCAGUAGCUUCGGCGACCAUGACGCCGUUGGACACAGAAGUAUCUGGAAACAAGCUUCUUGAACUUGUUGCGAAGGGUCUUGCAGCGGAGAGAGAUGAGGCUUCAAGGGGAGUUUCUUCUGGUGGCCUCUUUGACUCUGUUGCAGGGGUACCUACAGGAUAUGGCUCAGGAAUUCUUCCUACCAGUUCCAUUGAUUUCAGUGCAAUGCAGGAUGUGAAAGGUUCAUCCAAGAGUUUUCCAAAACACGAGACUAGACAUGUUUCAGAACAUAAGAAUGUUGCCAGAUGCGCAAGAUUUAGUCUAGAUGGGCGCUUUGUUGCAACUGGGAGUUCAGACAUGUCAAUUAAGCUAUUCGAGGUUUCAAAGAUUAAACAAAUGAUGCUUGCAGAUGCCAGGGAUGGGCCUGUGCGCCCUGUUAUUCGAACAUUCUAUGAUCAUUCACAGCCUAUCAAUGAUCUGGAUUUCCAUCCUCAAGGUACUAUACUGAUAUCUGGGGCAAAAGAUCACACCAUAAAGUUUUUUGAUUUUUCAAAAACAGCUGCAAAGAGAGCUUUUAGAGUUAUCCAGGAUACUCAUAAUGUGAGAUCUGUAUCAUUUCAUCCUUCUGGGGAUUAUCUCUUAGCAGGGACAGAUCAUUACAUUCCACAUUUAUAUGAUGUCAAUACUUUUCAGUGUUACUUAUCAGCACACGUGCAAGAAUUAAAUGCUAAUGCUGCCAUCAACCAGGUGCGAUAUUCGUCAACAGGUAGUAUGUAUGUGACAGCUUCAAAAGAUGGUUCUGUUCGGGUAUGGGAUGGGGUAACUGCACAGUGUGUCCGACCCAUAAUUGGGGCACAUGGGUCAAUGGAGGCCACUAGUGCAAGUUUCACAAAGGACCAACGGUUCGUUCUUUCUUGCGGGAAGGACUCCACCGUGAAGUUGUGGGAAGUUGGCACUGGAAGACUGAUCAAGCAAUAUUUGGGUGCUGUUCAUACACAAUUGCGUUGCCAGGCUAUUUUCAAUGAAACCGAGGAAUUUAUUCUGUCAAUUGACGAACCAAACAACGAGGUGGUUAUUUGGGAUGCACUCACUGCUGAAAAGGUUGCAAAGUGGCCAUCUAAUCACAUAGGUGCGCCACGCUGGGUAGAGCACUCUCCAUUUGAUGCAGCCUUCAUUACAUGCGGGAAUGACAGGUCGGUCAGAUUCUGGAAGGAAAUCCCAUAGGAUGAAGUGUUUUAGAAGAAUUUUUAGUUGUUCCAGGAAAUUAGUCCACAAACGUGCCAACUCUAGUGGCACAGGACAUGGUUCCUAGUUUGGUUCAAACUACUGGUUACCUAGGAUUACUUUCUUUUUAGUUUUCUUGAUGAAACUUGCAGAAUUGCCUAUGUUCUGGGCAAUCUUUGUUGUUUGAGUAGCCAAAAAUGUCAUCGUUUGUCAAAAUAAUGUUUUUGAAGUGUUUUAUUGACCAAUAUAUAAUGAAAGUGUAGAUAAAAUUUUUCUUUAGAAA